AUGGCUGCAGUUGCCAAGGACGUUGACGCAUGGAUUCUGGAACACAGGGUGCAUUUGCCAGUAUUGCCUACCCUGGAUGAUGCAUUCCCUAGUAUCCUGUGGGCAGACGAUGUAGCUAUUCCGUUAGCCACCGAGAAGGCAGAGGAUCUUGUUCCAUUACUUCUCGAUUUAUUGAGAACAGUGAGAGAAGCAUUACAUGCCAGAGGUUUUCUGUUGAAUUUCGCGUAUGGGAAGACCAAUGCAGUUGUGUCCUUUCGUGGCACAGGUGCUAGUGAACUUCGUCAAACCUAUCAGCUGAUCGACCAACCAGGGGUUUGCUGUAGGUUUGUUGAUGGGGAGGAAUCCUGGCUUCAUUUUGUUCCAACUUACAAACAUUUGGGUACCUUUUUCACAUCGGACCAUGGUUUGGAAGUUGAACUUUCAGUCCGCAUUGGGACGGCAGCAUCCGCCUUUGCGCACCUAGCCAGACCUCUCCUGACCAAUCGCCAUCUCCCCACCAAUAUUCGGCUGCGACUUUUUCAUGCACUCAUUUCCUCUAAACUGUUUUUCGGACUAGGAGCGUGGCAUACCUUGACUCCGAAACAAUUGCAGCGCCUCACUGGCUUUUAUGUUAAGUCAUUGAAAAAAGUCAUGCGGUGGCCACAGGAGAAGUGGAUGCAGACUAAUGCCCAAGUGUUCGCAGCUGCACAAGUCUUAGAUGUACGGGCGAGACUAGCGGCUGAUCGACUCCUCUAUGCUCAGAGGGUGUUUGCGGUUGGCCCCUUUUUCCUGCAGAAUGUUAUCCACAUCGAAGCAGCCGCUGUCAAAGAUUCAUGGCUGGCAGGGUUGAAAGCAGAUCUUGCUUGGAUGGAUGCAGUCACUCCCAAUACCUUGCCAAAGGAGUGGAAAGAGGACAUGACGUCCUUGAUUGAGCAAUGGCAGAAUGCUCGAUCUAAAUGGAAAGUGCAGGUUAAAGCUGUGGCACGCAAGCAUCAAUUUCAAGAGAAAAUGAUGGCAGACAUAGUCUCACUGCAUAAAUCGGUAUUCGAUGUGCUGCGCAACUCCGGUGCAUCUUUUCAGAAGGAUCCCUUUGCUGUUUCUAUUGAGGAUGGAGACCAGCAGUGCUUUUGUGGGGCUUCCUUCACUACGCACAGAGGUCUCCUUGCUCAUCAAAGACGCAAACACAUGAUUUUCUCAGCCGAGCAUCGAUUUCUACAGGAAGCAACCUGCAUGCAUUGUGGUAAAUACUGCUGGACGACACAGCGUCUGCAGCAGCAUCUUGCGUUCAUUCCCAAGAAGUUAGGUUACAAUCCGUGUUUCCAUGCCCUUUCUUCGCAGGGAAGAAGCUGUGAUUAUGCCGCAGUCAAGAUGCCGAAGGCAGUUGUCGGAUUAGCAAGGCGUGAAUCCCUACAAACAAGUGUGCCUCAGCUUGAACAGCCGACUUUGAUUGCCAAACAAAGGGCACAAUGGGAGGAAGAGUUAGCUGCAUGCCAUGUUCAAUUGAUCAUCUCUGAUGAACCACCAGAUGCUUCCGAGCGAGGUGCUCAGAUUGGAGAUGCGUUGACGGCAUGUACGCAACAGUGGUUUCAGAUGUAUUAUCCUAGUGGUGCCAAUGAAGCAGAAAAACAGGAAUUGAUUGAUGGAUGGAUCCAAGUCCUUUGCAUCGAUUUUGGAGACAAUAAUGUUGCAUGGGAUAACUGGCUUGCUUUCGUUUUCCUUGCAUGGGGAGACCAUUGGUUACCGGAUAUCAUUGCAAGUUUUUUGGAUGGAGAAGCAGAAGGAGUUGUGGAUGAGCUCUACGCUCAGUUCGCUGCUGAACUGCCUAGGUAUCAAGUCCUCGCUCGUAUUGCUUUCUUAGAACCUUUGCCCCAUCGACCUCUGAAAGCAACAAAUGAAGCAGUCAAACAUCCAAAGAGCACUUCGCAAGUUUAUCAACCUGUGCCACGACGUUUUGGGGAGCAUGAUCAGUGGUUGAGGGAUAUGAGACAGUGCACCUUUGAUUCCAUACCGGAUGCUGCUCGAUGUCCGAGGUACAAGGAUGUUGCUGACCCACCGACGUUUUUAGUGAUUCACUUGUUCAGUGGAAGACGCAGGAAAGAUGAUUUCCAUGAUGCACUAAAGACAAUUGCAGCACAGAGCUGCUGGCAAGUCAUAGUCUUGUCCAUGGACACCGCAGUGUCCCUAGAGUAUGGAAACCUCAUGAUUGGGGCACCCUCGUGGAGUUCCCUGAUUGCACUUUAUAUGGAUGGACGAGUUUCGGCCACAUUGUGUGGUCCACCAUGUGAAACCUUUAGUGAAGCAAGGUUUACUGAAGCACCAGAUGGAGUGUCUCGGUGGCCGCGACCUUUGCGCUCGAUGAGCAGGUUGUUUGGCCUUGAGGACCUCACGAUGAGGGAAUUGAGACAGUGUGCGGUAGGCAGUUCUUUUUUCCUUCAGUGUGUGUGGGUGCUUUGUAUCCACAUUGCCUAUGGUGGCCUCUUCGUUGCGGAACAUCCAGCACUUCCCCAUGACACUGAGAGACCAAGUAUUUGGUCUAGCCCGAUCAUCCAGCUCCUUCUUCAGUUGCCCGAUCUACAUUUGCAUCAUGUAGCGCAAUACCGUUGGGGAGCAGAGGCUGUAAAGCCAACCGGCCUAUUAGUCUGGGCGAUGCCAUUUUUCUGCAAGGACCUUUAUGAGAAGGCUCUGAGCGGCGUGGCCAAGCCGACGACAGUAGCGAUUGGGAAAGAUGUUCAGGGACGUUUUUGUACAGCACGUCAUAAGGAGUAUCCUGGGCCAUUUUGUCAUGCGAUUGCACAUGCCUUUGCUCAACAAUUCACUAGGCUGGUGCGUCGCAAUGAGCUCAGACACCCAUCGCCUGUACAGCCUGAGCAGAAUGAGUGGAUCUCUUCUGCUGCUGCUAUCAGCGAGGUCAUCCGGUGUGAUGCCAACUGGUUACCCGAUUUCCAGGUGGACAACGUUGGCAAUGCCUGGGUGGCAGGCUUCACGGGAAGCUCCCUGGAUGGGCACACCAAUGCGGGCUACAAUGACAUCUUUCUGAUGAAAUUCGAUGCCCAGGGUGUCCACCUGUGGACGCGCCAGCGCGGUGGUUGGGGCAAUGACCAUGCUCGGGCUCUUCAGGCGGACGGGGUGCGACUUCGUUUUCGCGAGACGGGAAGCUCCCUGGAUGGGCACGCCAACGCGGGCUACAAUGACAUCUUCCUGAUGAAAUUCGAUGCCCAGGGCGUGUUGGAUCCGGUUGGUACAGAGUGUGUGGAUGUGAACGGCCAUGCCUGGGUGGCUGGCUACACGCAAAGCUCCCUUGAUGGACACAGCAACGCGGGCAAAUAUGACAUUGUCCUGAUGAAAUUUGAUGGCGAAGGCGUCCACCAAUGGACGGACCAACGCGGUGGUGAGGGCGAUGACCGUGCUCGUGCCCUCCAGGUCGAUCCCACGGGCACUGAUGCUUGGGUAGCUGGCGGGACAACAAGUUCCCUGGAUGGGCACAGCAACGCUGGCGGAAAGGACAUCUUUCUGAUGAAGUUUCAAGUGACUGGGUUGAAGGUUGAGAGGCGGGUAGUCGGCCGAGUGCAGCCAGGUAACAUGUCCAGCCGGCUACGUGCAAAAUCCCUCGAGGAGCAACACCUGCUGCGUGCGGUCCAGUACCCCAACUUCGUCAACGACGGCAUCCACCAGGACAACAUCAUGGAAAGUAUCAACGUCAACGACGAAGCCGUCAACCAGUAUCAGCAGACCAAGAUCCACAACGAAAUCAUCAACCAGCACAGCAUCAGUGACGACCGCAUCAGCCAGCGCAAGCGCGGAAGAAGCUCUACCGGCUCCAUCGGCAUUGCCACUGUUCCUCGGCUUAGUUUCAAAAGCACAUGGAUGCCGAGAGGUAUCGUUGGCAUGCUGGUGGCUGCGGUGGUGGCUGCGGUGGUGCUGCCAUUGCUGACGGCGUGCCUUUGUGCUGCCCUGGGCAUCUACUGUUACCGCGCGAAGCUCCGCCAGCUGCGAGGUGCCGAAGCAGAGCCUCAAGUCCCAAAUCCGCUGGCGAUGCUGCCGCCCCUUGCGUGGUCUGUGAAACCUCUCAUUUUCUCAUGGAAUUCCAGGAUGACUGCGGAAUGGCCACAGGGAAAAGUUCAGAAGCUUUCGGUGAGCGAGACGGCUUUUGAAUUGAGUGGUCGCCAGUUUCAAUUUCGACCAGGGCAAGUUCAACAUUUUACCUGGGAAGAUGGAACUGUCCAGACGGUGCAGAGCGUUCAAAAGAACGUUGUGUGGUGGAGCACGCAGCAUCCCCAUCCUGCUUGGCAACGCUUCAGGUGGGUUUGCACUCCAAAAUGCCAAAUCGAAAAUCACCACGACAUGGAGCUCACUGACUCGGCGGACUCGGGUGAUGGCUACAGAUGCACAUCGUGCUCGCGGCUUCGAGCUGGAAAGCACUGGUACUGCCCGCAGCAUCAGGUGCACGUGUGCCCAGUUUGCGCAGAGCUGCCACCUGAGAUGCCCACCUUGGGGUUGGCAGCCACCUAUUUGGUGGACAUUUUUCCACCUUUGGCCCGCAGAGUGACCAGAGCUGAGAAUCCAAAUUUCUACGAUAUUUGCCCAAACUUGGCGCACGGGACGGCCGGUAUGGGUUACAACAGGACAUGUCCCAGAGAUGGAAGGCCCCACUGCAGCAUUGUGGACGCGUUGGAAGAUGCAUACAGUGGAAAGGUCACGCACUUCGUUUCAUGGUGCUGGGCAUAUUCCUUGAACGAUGUCGUCAGUGCCAUUGAGCGAUGGGUGCAAAAGUCCAAUGAAGAUGCACGGAACGUCUUCCUGUGGAUGUGCUUCUUCUGUAAUAACCAGUAUCGAAUCAAAGAGGAGGCUCCUAAGUCAAGCCGUGGCAGUUGUUACAACAUGUGA